GUUAGUAGGAGGGCGUAAGUUGAGUUCGGGACUGCAGCGCCCGUCCGCUCCGCUGGUAUUCCAGGAAUGUGUUGAUCAUGGCGGCCGCUGUGAAGCCCGUGAAGAGCGGAUUGCUGGAGCUCCGCGUUACCGUUCACCACUGGAUCCGCGUGCUCGCCACUCUCAGCGAGGACUCGUUCACCGUGAGUCCCGGAGAAACCGCCGAUGAGUCCGCGAACAGCUGCUCGCCCGCGCCCGGAGGGGCUGUUAACGGGGAUCCGGCGAACCUCAGCGCCUCCCCGGUACCGGACACCAUCACGAACGUCAAACGAACCGUCCGAGUCACCAAACAAGAAGUUGGAGGACUCGGAAUAAGUAUUAAGGGUGGUAAAGAGAAUAAGAUGCCCAUCCUGAUCUCAAAGAUCUUCAAAGGGCUGGCAGCAGACCAGACGGAGGCUCUUUAUGUGGGCGAUGCGAUUUUGUCCGUGAACGGGUACGACCUCAGAGAGGCCACUCACGAUGAGGCUGUACAGGCCCUGAAGAAAACAGGCAAAGAGGUCAUUCUGGAAGUGAAGUACAUUAAGGAAAUGUCAGCGUUUUUCAAGGGCGGAUCGACGGCGGGACCCCCAGUGCUCGAUUCUCCUCCAGCCACCCCGCAGAAGCAGACGGACCCCGCGCUUAAAGAGACCAGGAACCUCCCGCUCCGAAUGUGUCAUGUGACACGCAAACAGUGUCCGCCUGACACGGAGGACAGGUAUUUUGAGGUGGUAUCAUCAGACAGGAAGAAGGCUGUGUUUUUGCGGGCUAAAGAUCACGCCAUGGCUCAGGCCUGGUACAACGCCAUCCAGACAGGAAGUGCAGCAUUACUGACCAGUGCCAAAGCCGAGCUGAAAGCCCUGCAGCCGAGCCUGGACGUCAGUCACAUCGGCUGGAUCAUUGAGCAGGGUUCAGAGCGGCCGAUACUGGCGGUGUUGACGGACAGAGAUCUACUGCUGUACGGAUCUCUGCCCGACAGCAAAGAGACUCUCAACAGCCCAGACAAGAGCUAUCCUUUAAUUACCACCAGGCUGGUUCACUCUGGACCGGGUAAGAGUUCAUCAGUACACGACUCUGAGCUGACCUUUGGCCUGCGCUUGGGCACCAAGCAGGGAGUGGAGACGCAUCUGUUCAGAGUGGACACAGCUAAAGACCUGUCCACCUGGACACACCUGCUGGUGGAGGGCUGCCACAGCGCCGCAGAGCUCGUACAGGAGGUCACGACAGCGUGCAGCUGGAACGGGAAGUCGUGUAUGUUGAGCGUUCACAUAGACAAAGGCUUCUUGUUGUUUACGGAGGAGGCCGGCGUCCGGAAGAACGUCCUUCUCCAGCAGCCGUUCGAGCGUCUGCGCAUGUCCUCAGACGACGGAGUCCGCAUGAUGUUCCUCGACUUCGGAGGCCCAGAAGCAGAGAUACAACUGGACCUCCACUCCUGCCCUAAAACCAUCGUCUUCAUCAUUCACUCUUUCCUGUCGGCCAAGGUCAAGCGACUAGGGCUGCUGGCGUAACGGUGGACCACUGGACAUCAAACCAAAUCUUCCAUCACAGACUGUCACGGGUCAGUGUUCAGACACGGACGGCCAAAACCUAAAGCCAUUCAGUGACGAUUUCUCUGUUUUCCUCAUAGCUCUGACCUUUUUAUUCUUUCUCAUUUUAUUGGUUUGUAUCUCAUUCUAAACUUUAUGAAUGUUUAAAAACAUAAUCGCAUUAAUCAUAUGUUUUCAGAGCGGCAACAGACACAAAACAAGAUCUGUUCUAGAGCCUAGUGAGUCUACAUAGGCAGCGUCCAGUCUGAACUGAUUUGAGACGCACUAGAUAGGCAGCACCUCUGGAUGCAACACAAAUAAUGUUAUGUUUUGACAUUUACAUGUUGCUGAUAAAGCAAUAGCAUAAAAUUAUGCAAUGAGCAUAAAAACAAACAUAAAAUAGUCCAUUGCAAUUCAAAUAAUAAAAUAAAAUUGAAUUGAACACACUUAAUACUAAUAAGUGUUUCAUUAUUUAUUAUAAUUUCUCUCGCCUCAGCACCAUCUUAUAUAGAUUUAUCCCCCAAGCGAUUUGCUGCUAGCCUUCCUGUGAUCCCUUAAAAUACUGUCUAAGUAGGCAGCUCACUAGGUUUUUGAACAGAGCUAGUAUUUCAUGGUUUUGUUGAUAUUCCAGUUGUGCGAGACUGUGAAAAACGCAGCUGCUCUGAUCAUAGAAAGGGCUUUAACGUUUGGCAGCUGAGAGCGGUUUGAGAAAUUAAAUCUCAAAUCUUUCUACGGUGAGAAAUAACUAAUUUGACUUUCUUCUUACUUUAAAUAUAACCUUUUAAAGAUGUGGCGUCUUCCAGAAUAUCUACUAUGAAUCUAUGCAACCUGUCAAACCCUUACAAAAAAAGUUACUGUGGUAGCACCAUGGUACAGUGAUGGAUUCAGAUGGUAAUACUGUGGUAUUUGAUAUUUCAUAUACCAUAGUAUUUAUAUGGUAUAUGGAUUUUGCAAGGGAAAUAUGGUAAUGCCUCACUCUUUGUUUAUUUUACAAGCCAAAACUACAAAACUGGGAACUGUAAUUCAGAUUUAAAAUUGGAGAAACCUUCACUAGAAGUAGUUAGAUCUGAGAAAUGCUUGUAAUUCAGUUUGUGGAUUGAAUUCAUGUUAAAGUUACACUGACCUCUAGUGGGCAUAAUGAGCAUUAGUACUGUCCACAUGAUCUGACCUCUCCGGCUGUGUUCAGAAUAGCAUACUGCUCAUACUACUUCUGCAGUAUACUGUGCACAGUAUGAGUUUUCUGCAUUUACAUGUAUGUACUACAACAUACUACAGUUGCCAUAAUGAGCACAGAAAAAUGCAGUGCACUUGACCUUCCAUUUCCAUUGUGAUAAAUGCACCAGAGUUUGAUUUUUCUUGAAUCGUCAUUUGAUCCGACACCUAAAAGUGACAUUUUUACACAUGCAUUAAUUUUACUGAAAGAACGUUUAUUCAUGACAGAGAGAAGUUCUUGCCAGAAUGCCUUCUGGGAUAAGCAGAUGCUACAUGCUGAAAUAAAAAUGUUUAUUGUUGCACAAUGCAUACUGUUCUGAAAACCGCAGGCAGUAUGCAGUAUAUACUGCACAGUAUGCUAGUACUCCAUUCUGAACACAGCCUCUUUCAUGCAAUAUCGUCUUGUUUUGUCGUUUUUCUUUCUUUUGAACCUUCUUCUAACUGAUUUGUGUGAACAAUGAUGGAUGUGCAGUGACGUUCGGCUGUAUUCCUCAAGGAUGUCUUCCUGUUUUCACAUGCUCUUUUUGUCUCAUUACAUUGUGACGGAGAUAUGCAAAUUUUUUUCUGCUCAGAGAGGUACUUUUAAAAAAAAGAAACUGUCCCAGCUUGCUGAGGUGGAAAAUAUCCUUCAUGUGGCCUUUUUUACAUUCUACUAAAUUUUAAUAUAUAAUUCAAACUAAGCUAUAUUCAACCUGUGUUAGUUAUCAAAAGGAAAAUCAUUAUAUCCUUAUUUAAACAGUGCCUUUUAGGGUUGUUUGUAUAUAAAAUUGCAAUAAAUAUAACUGUUGACUUCA